AUGCCGCUCAACUCCAUGCCUCCUCCCUCAUUGGCAUCUCGUCGUCUCCAACCACGAACUGUUGCUCGAGUCGGCCCAUGCCUUCAUUCUAGAUUUUCGACGUCUUCGCUGACUCUGAGUUACGCAGAUACUCUUCCUAAUCUAAAAAUUGGUGCUCAUACUCGGGUUCUUUUCCAGGGAUUUACAGGCAAACAGGCAACGGCGAACGUGAAAGAGUCGUUGGCAUGGGGUACCAAGAUUAUAGGCGGUGUAAAGCCAGGCGUGGAGGGUGAACACCUAGGACUACCAGUUUUUCCAUCAGUAAAAGUGGCACAACAAAUAUCCAGACCAGAUGCAACAGCAAUUUACGUCCCCGGCCCACAAACAGCACAGGCCAUUGAAGAGGCUAUCGAAGCAGAGAUUCCUCUUAUCGUGGCGGUUGCGGAGCAUGUUCCAAUUCAUGAUAUUGUUCGAGUUCAUGCAAUGCUUAAAACCCAAUCGAAAUCCCGUUUGGUUGGUGCCAACUGUCCCGGUAUUAUUUCCGCGAUUGGGAAAUGCCGUAUAGGAUUUCAGCCGCUCCCCUGCUUCUCUCCCGGCCAUAUAGGAAUUGUCGCCAAGUCCGGAACUCUUGGUUACGAGACCGUCGCCUCAACAUCACGAGCCGGGUUAGGUCAGAGCCUUUGCAUUGGUAUGGGAGGAGAUGUUCUGGCUGGCACAGACUUCGUGGAUGCACUGAGCAUUUUCGAACAUGAUGAUGACACUCAUGGGAUAAUAAUCGUCGGUGAGAUUGGAGGAACUGCUGAGAUUGCCGCUGCGGAGUGGAUUGCCCACUAUCGUAGGCGUUCUGCAAACCCAAAACCUAUAAUGGCAGUGAUUUGUGGGAUUCAUGCGCCUCUCGGGCGAGUCAUGGGUCAUGCUGGAGCUUGGGUUGGGCCCGGAGAGCCCGAUGCCCAGACAAAGAUCAAAGCGCUGCAAAACGCCGGCGCUGUCAUGGUACAUCAUCCAGAGGACUUUGGAGAAGGAAUGAAGAUGCUGUUGAGCAAUAUGGGCGGAAGGCCCGUCCUUAAGACAGCUUCGGCCGUCGCAGGAGGCCAAAGGGGAUUCCAUACCCUACGCCGAAUAAGCGUUCAACAACGAGAACCUCUUAAAACACAACGCCGAAACCUUUACCUGAAGCAAUCCCAGUCAUUCAACCUAUUAAAGGAAAAGGGGCUCGCAAUUGACGAAUCAAAUGAACCCGGAGAUUUUUUCUUUGGACUUUCGAUAGACCGAAAAUCGCACUCGCCAUGUAUCAUUGCCUCUCCCACCACUGACCCAGCCACUCAGCUCUCGCAAGCUAGGGUAUUCCCGUUUACGUAUGGGAAGACGCAAUUUUCGGCUGACGGGGCUAAUACCAGGGCAGUUGCUAGCCAUAUUGGUCUAGGGGAGUUUGCUCUGACGCCUCUUGCAAAACUAGCACAGAAUCUGCUUGAUAUAUUCAUGAGCAAGGAAGCCUUUGUGCUGGAAACAAAAAUCACCGUGGCAAGUGAUGGAAGCUUCCAGGUCAGCGGAGCUCGGUUUGGUUUUGAUGAUGCCGCGUACAAAAGUUCAAAGAGACAGGAGGAUAUCCAUCGACUCCGGAACGAAGCUGAAGAGGUUCCUGAAGAAGUUGAAGCUGAGAAAUAUGGGAUUGUCUAUAUCAAACUUGACGGAGAAGGAAGCAUCGGUACUCUCGUUAACGGCGCCGGCCUUGCGAUGAAUACCGUCGAUGCUCUGAGUCACCACGGCGGCCAUUGUGCCAACUUCCUCGACACAGGCGGGAAAGCCACGUCGGAGACCGUGAAGUCAUCUUUUCGCAUCAUCCUCUCCGAUCCUCGUGUCAAAACAAUCUUUGUCAACAUUUUUGGCGGCCUGACGCUCUGCGACAUGAUCGCUAACGGUAUCAUUAUGGCGUUUCGUGACUUGGAUAUGAAAGUACCUGUCGUAGUGCGUCUGCGUGGUACGAAUGAAGAAAUUGGACAGAAGAUGAUCGCGGAUAGCGGACUUCCCUUGCACGCAUUUGACUCCUUCGAAGAGGCUGCAAAGAAGGUCAUCAGCCUUACUCGCUAA